GCUGGCGGUGGCCAUCGCCGUGCUGCUGCACCCCGCACCGCUGUUGGUGGAAGCCCACCAGAACGCCAGCGGGGACCCAUGGUGGCAUGCCUCUUCCGCGGUGUCCCACAGAGGUGCGGCCCGCCCCAACCGGCCCUACGUUUUCCACGACCUCGCGCAUCCCCAGCGCGCCCAGCCCAACCUACCGGACCAGCUCGCUACCGGCUUGGCAUACCGUCACGGAGGCAAGGUGCCCGGCAUGAUGCACCUGCCUUUCAUACCGGGCCGGACCACGCCCCACCACCCCGUGCACUACGACGACCUGGAGAUGGAAACGUACAACCGGCUGAACCGACCGAGGCCCAACAUGCCCUGCCGGCCCUGCCCCAAGGGCAUGUACCUCUGCCAGUGGGAGUGCUCCUGCAUCCCGGAGAAGCUCAGGUGCGACAACGCCAAGGACUGCACGAUGGGCGAGGACGAGAUGGAGUGCGACAAGGAGUGCGAGGGCCCCGGCAAGGUGCGCUGCCCGGUGACGAGCAGGUGCAUCGCCACGCACUGGGUGUGCGACGGCACCGACGACUGCGGCGACGCCUCCGACGAGAUGCAGUGCUCCUCGGCGAUCAACUGCACGAACAAGGAGUUCUCCUGCUCAAACGGCUACUGCGUUCCGCAAACCUGGAAGUGUGACGGUGACAACGACUGCAGGGACAACUCGGACGAGCACAACUGCACCACCACGCCUUGCCUGGAGAACCAGUUCGCCUGCGGGGACCUGACGUGCAUCCCGGCGGAGGACCACUGCAACCAGGUCAUGGACUGCCCCGACCAGUCGGACGAGGAGAAUUGCGACGCGGACGUGAUAGCGUGCGACCCCGUGGCCGAGUUCGCGUGCCGCUACCCGCUGUGCAUCCUGGAGGAGUACCGCUGCGACGGCGACAACGACUGCGGCGACUGGAGCGACGAGGAGGGAUGCCCGCGCCGCACCGGCCUCAACUGCGUCCCGGGCGACUUCCAGUGCCUCUCCGGGGACUGCGUGCCGGGGCGGCAGCGCUGCAACGGCGAGCGCGACUGCGAGGGCGGCGAGGACGAGCUGGACUGCGGCCCGGCCUCGGGCAUGGCGCAGGAGGCCACCUGCACCACGGGGCAGCACGCCUGCUCCAACGGCUACUGCAUCGACCUGGCCUGGCUGUGCGACGGCACGGACGACUGCCCGCACGGCGAGGACGAGAAGGCCUGCGACGCCGUGGUCUGCAACAACCUGACGCACUACACGUGCAGCAAGGAGGAGGCCGCCGUCACCACGCCCGCGCCCCAAGCGCCGCCCGCCGCCGGCUUCAGUCUGCAGGCCAUGCUGGACGUGCCGGCCGGCUUCAGCUGCAUCCCCAAGAAGCACGUGUGCGACGGCAAGACGGACUGCCUGGCCGGGGACGACGAGCGCGACUGCCCCGUGCCGCGCAACUGCUCCUCGUCGUCGGGCUGCUCGCAGCUGUGCAUGGCGACGGUGGACGCGCGCGAGGUGUGCGCGUGCCGGCCGGGCUACCGCCUGGCGGCGGACGGCCAGAGCUGCGAGGACGUGGACGAGUGCCUGGACGAGUGGGACCCGCCCUGCCAGCAGGACUGCACCAACACGCCGGGCAGCUUCACGUGCUCCUGCCGCUCCGGCUACGUGCUGCGGCCCGACAAGCGCAGCUGCAAGAGCGUCGAGGCGGCCGCCACGCUGCUGCUCACCAACCGCGUCGACAUCCGCCAGGUGAACCUGAACAACGGCCGGUCCCGCACCGUGCUCAAGGGCCUGCAGAACGCCGUGGCGCUCGACUUCAACUGGCGCGAGGGCGCCAUCUACUGGUCCGACUACUCGAUGCACGUCCUCAAGAAGGCCACCAUCAACGGCAGCCUGGAGCACGACGUGAUGCGCUGGGGGCUGCAGAACGUGGUGGGCCUGGCCGUGGACUGGGUGCACAACCUGCUGUUCUGGAGCGACUCGGAGCUGCGCCGCGUCGACGUGGCCAACCUGGACGGCUCCAUGCCCACCACCAUCGCGCACACGGACCUGGACAAGCCGCGCGACGUGGCCGUGCACCCCGGCGAGGCGGCCGUCUUCUGGACCGACUGGGGCCCCAAGCCGAAACUCGAGCGGUGUGAGAUGAACGGGCAGAACCGGCGCGCCAUCGUGACCCAGGGCGUGGUGUGGCCCAACGGGCUGGCCCUGGACUACGACACGAACCGCAUCUUCUGGGCCGACGCCAUGCACCACGUGAUCGAGAGCGCCGACCUGGACGGCAAGAACCGCAAGGUGGUGCUGUCCAAGGGGCUGCCCCACCCGUUCGCCCUCACCAUCUUCGAGGACAUGGUGUACUGGACCGACUGGCACACCCGCAGCGUCCUGGGCGCCAACAAGGACACCGGCAAGCGGGUGCACGUCGUGCUGGACCGCCUGCACAUCCCCAUGCAGAUCCACAGCUGCCACCCGAAGCGACAGCGUUCCUACCGGGACCACUGCCCGCGCGGCAACAGGGGCUGCUCGCACAUGUGCCUCCCCAACGCCAAGGGCUUCACCUGCGUCUGCCCCGUCGGCGUCACCUUGGGUCCGGACAAGCGCACGUGCGAGUACAUGCCGAAGAGCGUGCUGGUGUACGUGCGCAAGAAGGAGGUGCGCCUGCGGGAGAUCACGGGCUCGGCGUCCGGCGGGGCCGACCGCGACAGCCCCACCGUGGCCCUGGGGCUGGGCGCGGCCGCGCGCGACGUAGUGCUGCCCGUGGACGAGAUUCGCCACGCGCAGGCCGUCACCUGGGACGCCCAGGACGACUCCAUCUUCUGGAGCGACUACAAGUCCGCCGCCAUCUCCAGGGCACGGCGCGACGGCUCCGAGCAGCGCGUCAUCAUUAACACCGACCUGGAGGACCCCAUGGGGCUGGCCAUCGACUGGGUGCGUCGGCGCCUGUACCUGUCGGACCACAAGAGCCGGCGCAUCGAGACGACGAACCUGGAGGGCAACAAACGCGUGGUGCUGCUGUGGAACCUGUCGGGGCCGCGGCACCUGGCGCUGUGGCCGGCCGGCGGGCUCAUGUUCUGGUCCAGCUGGGGCGGCUCCAAGCAGCUCAUCGAGGUGGCGGGCAUGGACGGCAAGAAGCGCAAGGCCUUCAUCUCGGACCGCCUAAUCUCCCCCGGCGCGCUCGCCGUCGACCAGGAGCACAGGCGGCUCUACUGGAGCGACCCCGGCCUCGGCGUCAUCGAGAGCGUCAGCGUGGACGGCACGGACCGCCGCAUGGUGAAAGACGGCCUGCCGCACCCGCUGGGGCUGGACGUGUACGGCGACCGCCUCUACUGGACCGACUCCAAGACCAACGACAUCAACCUGCUCUUCAAGGAGGAGAACUACACGGUGCGGGCGGGCGUGACGGGCCUGCUGGGCAUCAGCGUCUUCCACCAGCGUCGCACGCAAGUGAUCACUGCCUGCGAAAAUAUCGGCAACUACGGCUGCUCCCACGUGUGCCUGCUGGCCAACAACCCCGACCUGGCGGGCUGCGCGUGCCCCGUGGGCUGGCGGAUGAUCCCCGGCGGCGACGGCAAGACGUGCGAGCUGCAGCCGGGCCCUACGCUGCUGGCGCGGCGCAACGACGUCCGCAAGGUGCCGCUCGGCAUGCCCUACAUGAUGGACGUGCUGCUGGGCUACAUGGGCCUGGAGAACACGGUGGCCGUGGACGCCGACAAGGAGACCGGCGAGAUUUACACCAGCGACACCGUCGAGUCCUCCAUCACCAGGGCGGCGCCCGGCGGCGACAGCGGCCACCCCAUCGUCUCCAGCGGGAUCGACACGCCCUACGGCCUCGCCGUGGACUCGGUCGGCAAGAAGAUCUACUGGACGGACUCCGGACGACGCAUCAUCGAGGUGGCCGAGCUGACGGGCAAAAAUAGGAAGGUGCUGGUGUGGGAGGACCUGCGCAACCCCUGCGCGCUCGCGCUGGACUACUCCGAGGGCCUCAUGUUCUGGUCGGACUGGGACCAGCCGAACGGCCGCAUCGAGCGAGCCCACAUGGACGGCCGCGAGCGAACCCGCAUCGUGACGGACAACAUGGGCUGGGCGGGCGGCAUGGCGGUGUACGAGAACCGCCUGUACUGGUCCGACGUGAUGCUCCUGACGGUGGAGUCCGCCAAGUUCGACGGCUCGGAGCGCGUGCUGCUGCUGCAGCGCCUCCGCGAGCAGCCGGCGGGGCUGGCCGUGCUCGGCGGCAACAUCUACUUCGGCUACCGCGGCGCGUCCGGCGCGCUGCACCGCGUGCCGCUGCCCAAGAGCGGCCCCGUCAACGUCACCGAGGACAGCGUCAUCCGCCCGGGGCUGCCCGACCUGCUGGACGUCAGGGCCAUCGACCCCGGCCAGCUGGCCGAGAACGUGUGCGCGGACGCGCCCUGCUCCGACCUGUGCCUGCGCGCGCCGCCGCCGGCCCGCUACACCUGCGAGUGCCCCACGGGCGUGCUCAUGAGCCGCGACGGCGUGACGUGCGACAAGAACGUGACGGACAUGCUGGUGUUCGCGACGCCGGACGGCCUGGCGCGCAUCGCCGUCAACUCGCUGCAGCGCUUCCACGACGUGCUCCUCGACGUGCCGCUCAUCCAGAAGGCCGUGGCCGUGGACUUCCACUGGGAGCAGCAGCUCGUCGUGUACGCCGACAUCAGAGCGGGCCACAUCAACACGGUGAGCAUGCACAAGUGGUACUACCCCACGACCAUCGUGAAGAACGUGUCGGAGCCCACGAGCGUGGCCGUGGACUGGCUGUCCGACAACCUGUACUGGACCGACGCGAAGCGGCGCAGCAUCGAGGUGGCGCGCAUGGACGGCACCAUGCGCAAGCUGCUGGUGACCACCACCACGGGCACGCCCAGGGCCAUCGUCCUGCACCCCAAGAAAGGGAUCAUGGUGUGGACGGUGUGGGGCAAGAACGGCAAGGAGGAGGGCACCACCAUCACCAGGGCCAACAUGGACGGCUCGGAGCGCAUGGACAUCGUGACCACGGACCUGGACAAGCCCAACGGCCUGGCCCUGGACGUGGCCAGCAGCCGCCUCUACUGGGCCAACUACGGGCGCGCGCGCAUCGAGACGUGCGACAUCCAGGGCCACGGACGCAUCCAGCUCGUCGAGCAGGCCAAGAAGGUGUACGGGCUCACCCUGCUGGGCGACCACAUCUACUGGACGGACUUCGCGAAGCGCACGCUGGAGCGCGCGGCCAAGCAGUCGGCGAGGCAGCGCAUGACGGUGGAGACGAUGCUGGACCAGGUGGAGGACCUGAAGGCCGUGUCCGCCUCCAAGCAGCGGCGCGCCAAGGCCCCGCCGUGCGGCGACAACAACGGCGGCUGCUCGCACCUCUGCCUGCCGCGGCCCGACGACGUGCUGUGCGCCUGCCCGGACAGGCUCAGCGAAAUAGAUCUUCUGAGGCGGAGAGAAAAGGACACUUGCACCCAGCGCUUCGCCAAGAGGCCGGAGAAGGUGGACGGUGACGACCAGGACGAGGAGGAGGAGGAGGAGGGCAGCCUGCCGCACGCCCCCGACGACGCGACGCACAACGCCACUGCCAAGGCGUCCCCGGUGUCGCGGGUCCUGCUGGUCGGCAUCCCCGUGGCCGUGGUGGUCGUGGCGCUGGCCGCCGCGGUGGCGCUGGCGCUGCACUGUCGGGAUGGCGGCUCGACGCGCAGCGACAGCGACAAGCUGCGGGCCGGCAACUCCGGCUCCAGCCACGUGCUGACCUACUCCAACCCCAACUACCUGGCGGAGCGGGAGUCCGGCGCCGGCAGCUCCGCCGGCGGCAGCGGCGGCUCGAAAAGCAUGCUCCUAUUGGCAAGCACGCAGUGGAGUAUUGUUUUUGUUUUUGCUCGUUGGCAUACUUUGCGGCUCGCUACACGAUCUGAUCAUAUCAAAGUCAGAGUAACCUCCAUCAGGCAGACUGCCUCAAAUCAAGACAUUCUAGCUUGA